AUGUUGAAGCCCGGCGACCCAGGCGGAUCUGCUUUUCUGAAGGUGGAUCCAGCUUAUCUCCAGCACUGGCAGCAGCUGUUCCCGCAGAGCAGCCAGCUCAAGAGCAGCGGGGCCCUCACCCAGCUCCCACCGCCCGAGAGAGCGGAUCCCUCGGCUGACAGCCUCCGCCAGCGCCCAGCCUCUCUCUCCUCCGCUUCCUCUUCCUCCUCUUCGUCCACCCCAUCUUCUUCCACCUCCUCUUGCGCCGCCGCCGCCGCUUCCCUGGCCGGGCUGACCUCGAUCUCUGUGGCCCAGAUUCCUGUCUUUGGGCCGCUACCGAGCUCCGAGUCCCCCUCCGGAGCGCCGGCCUCCCUGCAGAGCAAAGACUUGUGCGGCGGGGGCGCCAAGUGCAGCGAGCGGGCUGCGCCCAGGUUUCGAUGUACAGCAGAGGAGCUGGACUAUUACCUGUAUGGACAGCAACGCAUGGAGAUCAUCCCCCUGAACCAGCACACCGGUGACCCCAACAACCGAUGUGACAUGUGUGCUGAUAACCGCAACGGAGAGUGCCCCAUGCAUGGGCCACUUCACUCUCUGCGCCGCCUAGUGGGCACUAGUAGUGCUGCAGCCGCAGCACCUCCACCUGAGAUCCCUGAAUGGCUCAGGGACCUUCCCCGGGAAGUGUGUCUGUGUACCAGCACUGUGCCUGGUCUGGCCUAUGGCAUCUGCGCUGCUCAGAGGAUCCAGCAGGGCACCUGGAUUGGGCCUUUCCAGGGAGUUGUCCUUCUGCCGGAGAAGGUUCAAACGGGAGCCAUCAGGAACACUCAGCACCUCUGGGAAAUAUAUGACCAAGAUGGGACACUACAGCACUUUAUUGAUGGCGGGGAACCCAGUAAGUCAAGUUGGAUGAGGUAUAUCCGAUGUGCAAGGCACUGUGGGGAACAGAACCUAACAGUAGUUCAGUACAGGUCAAAUAUAUUCUACAGGGCCUGUAUAGAUAUCCCCCGAGGCACCGAACUGCUGGUGUGGUACAAUGACAGCUACACAUCUUUCUUUGGAAUCCCUUUACAGUGUAUUGCACAGGAUGAAAACUUGAAUGUCCCUUCAACUGUAAUGGAGGCCAUGUCCAGACCAGACACCCUACAGCCAUUUAACAAAAGUAGCAAACUACCCCCUGCCACACCACAGCGAUCCAUAGUAUUUCCACAGACUCCGUGUAGCAGAAAUUUUUCUCUUCUGGAUAAGUCUGGGCCUAUCGAGUCAGGAUUUAACCAGAUCAGUGUCAAAAACCAACGAGUUCUUGCAAGCCCAACGUCAACCAGCCAACUAAAUUCUGAGUUCAGUGACUGGCACCUUUGGAAAUGUGGGCAAUGCUUUAAGACUUUCACCCAGCGGAUCCUCUUACAGAUGCACGUGUGUACGCAGAACCCUGACAGACCCUAUCAGUGUGGCCACUGCUCCCAAUCCUUCUCCCAACCUUCAGAACUAAGGAACCACGUAGUCACCCAUUCCAGUGACAGACCUUUCAAGUGCGGCUAUUGCGGCCGUGCCUUUGCUGGUGCUACAACACUCAACAAUCAUAUCCGGACACAUACGGGGGAAAAACCCUUUAAGUGCGAGAGGUGUGAGAGGAGCUUCACACAAGCCACCCAGCUGAGUCGACACCAGAGGAUGCCCAAUGAGUGCAAGCCAAUAACAGAGAGCACAGAAUCAAUUGAAGUGGAUUAA